CUCACUAAUCGUUCACUACGGGAUGCAUUAGUUUCAGUUUAAGGUUUCCAGGAACUCAUUAAUAUUUAAUGACAUUACCGAGAAAAACGUGGCAUGGGCUUGUAAGUUAUGGCGUCUAGUGGUAACAACAGAACGCCGCACAGAAAUCGCUCUUUCAAUGAUGAUGAUAUUGAGAAUAGGAUCCGAAGACGGGAGUACAGUGAAAGAGAAACGUAUAUCCCAUCUAGUAACGCGGCUCAGCAUUUUCAAACAAGACCAGAUAUGCUGCCGAACUUUUCUCAAAUGCAACUUAACGACGACGACACAAGCUCACAAACACGACAGCAUCUGGCAGAACUUCAAGCUGAAAUAGCAGAGGAAGAAGACUCUGCAACUAUCGUGAGAAGUCCUCCACCAGCCCCUCGACAUGGCCCGAGCACACGAGAACAAAUACGUAAAUCCGAGGAAAAGUUGGUAUUCAUUCGCGCUCGAAAAAACGAAAUUACUCAACUGUUUGAAACAAUGAAGCGUUCACAAACGGUAGAUCUUUGCUUUCUUAUUGAUUGCACUGGUAGUAUGGAUCCCUACAUUGCUCAAGUAAAGACGAAAAUUGACAAUUUAGUUGAACAUUGUAAAAUGACAUUUGCUGACUUAGUUCUUAAAGUGGCUUUCGUUGGCUAUCGAGAUCAUGACGAUGAAGAACGAAUUAUUUCCUUACCGUUUACCGGAGACAUUGCUUACUUCAAAUCCUUCGUAUCAAAAAUCCGAGCUGACGGCGGUGGUGACGCUGCUGAAGACGUGUUUGGUGGUUUGGAAAAAGCUGGUGAACUACAAUGGUCAGCUCCGACUCGUAUACUCUUCCACGUUGCAGAUGCACCUUGUCAUGGAAGGCAGUAUCAUGACGCCAGUGUCCUAGAUUAUUAUCCCAAUGGCGACCCAAGAAGUUUGAACGCCAAAGAUUUGUUGAAAAUUCUUGAAGAUAAGAACGUGAAAUACUGGUUUGCCAAGCUCACUGAUAAAACUGACAAGAUGAUAAUCGAGUUCACUCGUCUAAUGAGGAUGCCAACAAUGCUUCAACAAGUAAGAAAUUUGAGUAACAAUAUCAUGAUAUUUAAUACAAGCAGUGGUAAAUCCUGAUUUGCAAAAUGUUGUUUAACUUGUCAAUGUGCGUGAAAAAUCUACUGAGUACUGAAGUCCUUUUAAUCUGAACAAGUCUAGACAAAAAUUCCAUCACAGUUUGAAAUAAAGAGCAUCACAAAAUUAGUAAUAUUCCAAAGUUACGUGGCCAAAGCCAAAGGUUGUAAAAUGCGGAUAAUAUAGCCUUGCGAAGUUUGCAAUUUUCAGUCAUUUUAGAUUACAAACGGGAAAUUGACAGCCCCAAAGGCAAAGGGUAUUGGGCUGUCAAUUUCCCGUUUGUAAUCUAAAAUGACUGAAAAUUGCAAACUUCGCAAGGCUUUACAACAUUUCGCAACGAAACUUUGGAAUAUUACUAAUUUUGUGAUGCUCUUUCAAGCUGUGAUGAAAUUUUUGUCUAGAUCAAAAUUUAGUCUAUUACGCAAGUGGUCAAUUUAUAGACCGCACUAUCUUGUUUACAACUAUGUUCAGACAUGCAAUCUUUCGAAUAAGGUCCGUUCUGUUUUACCCGCAUAUAUUCUGAACCAAACGUAACGGAGCACUGAGGGGGCCCUUAGACAAAUUUGGUGUUGGAGGAGCCGGGGGCUAGCCUGCUCACAGGCGUUGUAGUUCUUACGCCAAGCAUAUCGUCGCUUGGCGUAAGAACUACAACGUCUGUGAGCAGGCUAGCCGGGGACCCCUGUUGACUGAUAUUAUAUUUAUAUUGAAUAUUUAUAGAAUGUUCUGGAAAAUUCCGUGUCUAUAACAAUACCAACAACAGUCUCCAACACAUGUAACAACUAAUAAGAAUAACUUUUUGUUUUAUUUGAGAUGGAAUAAAAAAAUCAGCUAGCUGCCGUUGUCGUCGUUGUUGAUGGAAGCUUUAUUAUUUAGCAUUAUUAAUUUUGCAUUUUCCCAUUGACUCUUAACCUGUAUUUCAGUUUACGUUUUCUAAUUUUUUCUUGGGGGGGGGCAUUUUUUGAAAAGGGACUUUUCUGUGAUAUAAUAUAUUAGAGGGGGAUAGCAAUGGCUGAAGGCUACGUGUGUCGCCAAUAUACCACUCAGGAAUGGGAGGUGGUCUGGAGUAUCCCCCAGAAAAUAUUUGAAAUUUGAAUCCCGGAAAUGUCAUUUCCUGCAUUCUGAGCAUCCAAAUUUGCUCCAAAAUUUAUGCUAACUAUACUUGUAUUUGAAAUAAAUAAAGGAAAAAACGCACAAAAAGUAAAAAUUAAUUAACCAUCAUUUAUCAUUACUUAUUAGAGCUCGAGGGAUAAUCCCCAGAAAAUUUUUGAAAUUUGAAACCCGGAAAUGCUAUUUCCUGCAUUCUGAGCAUCCAAAAAAUAAAAAAAUUAUUAACAAUAAUUUAUCAUUACUUAGUGGUAGAAAAAGUAAAAAUUUAAAUCGAUUUUGUUAAACAAGGACAAAAGAUAAAGCCUAAAACUUACUUUCCGUUUAUGUAUUUGUUAAUCUUCGCUGGUUUGUUUCUAUAAUUUUAGGGAGAAGGGACUUUUCCUGGGGGGGGGGGCAAAAUGUGAUUUCGUGGGAGGGGGACAAGGGGGGACUGGGGGGCAUUCCCCCCCCAGCUUGUAUGUUAAAAAGGCCCUGGAUGGGAGCCCCUAACUGGCUUAGUUUUUUAACUAACCCUACCCAGUGAGCGUUAUGCCACUGCUACCAAUCACAUGAAUAUACUUGUGACAGCGUUCAUAUUAAGAUUUUAUUUAACUAUUCUCCCCAACCUAGCUGUUUAUAGUGAACAUUUAUCUUUUGGGGAUAAUAUAAUGUAGGAUUUCUACUAUGAUACUGAUUAGCUAUAUACUUGGUUGAAUUGUAGGACAUGUACAUUUUUGAUAUUAUUCAUAGGUUCCUACGCCAGUGUAGUAAAACAUGAUAUUAUGAUAUAGGUAAAAUUGCAAUCCGCUGAAGAUUUAAUGUUUGCUGUUGCUGACUCCGUCUCGUCUUCUAUCCGCGAUAUGGAGACAACUACAUUAGCAGCCGCCGCCGUAGAUGCAUUUUCGCGUGAUUACAACACAGUCGUGCAGCGUCCAGGGGCAACACGUAAAUUGAAAGAGUUUGCCAUUUGUGAAAUAAUUCCUGAUUGGAGCCUCAUUAGUGUCGAAAAUGCGUACCUGUUUCGAAAAAAACUGCCAGGUAAUAUGAACCUUGCUGAUAGCUUGAAAGAGCCGCUUAAAGAAGAAUGCAGAAAACGUAGAAUACAGAUCGCUACUCAACCAUUUGCAAAAGGAACCCAAAGGAUCGUCUAUUAUGGAAUCGAUUGCACUUAUGACCCUUCCAAGAAAGUCGUGUUUAAGGAGUUCAAGUAUUUAGGAGAAGGCCUGAAUAAAUUGGCAUCGUACAAGGAGCAAAUGGAGGUCCAGUCGAUUUCGGCAUUCCUUGCACUGGAAUUCAACAAGCAAAAACCAAGAGGAAUUAAAGAUAUCUCGUUUACGAAAGUUGUUGUGAUAAGCCUCCGUGACCGAUCCAAACCUUUUUACUGCUCCCAGGAACCCCUUAUCGAAGGUCCUUACGUGAAGUACAACUCCAAUAAUGGAUUUGUCAACAAAGAUGAGUAUGCAGCCAGUUUGAAUGCGUUCAGUCAUUGGACAUACCAAGUAACCGAUGGCUAUCUUAUGGUUGUUGACCUCCAAGGAGUUAAGAUUACCAGCCCUACUGGACCCAAGUUUACCCUCACAGACCCAGCCUUGCACUGUAAAGAUGUGACUAGAUUUUGCAGCACCAACCUUGGCCCAGCUGGAAUGCAUCGUUUCUUCCGCACACACCACUGUAACAGCAUUUGUAAAGCCAUGAAUUUGCAGCCUCAUCGUCAUCAACCAAAAUCGUCAACUAUGACUGAACAGGGAACAUUUGCUCUGGUCUAAGAAAGAUGAUACACUCCAUGAGACCAUGUUAACAUAUUAUACAUAUACAUAAUACAUUAUUAUUCAAGCUUUCAUUAAAAUAUCAUAAUAUAAUGUAGUUUUCAUACCCAGUAACCCGCUAUUAAUUUGAUUUCAAUUCCAUUCAGUAAAUCAAAGUUUGAGUCUUGACAUCACAUGUAACAUCAGCGAUAUUCGUGAUAUACAGGACAGCAGAUGGUGGUCAAUUGCAAAACGUGGUAAAGAAUCAUUUUCUCAUUACUUCAGUAUAUGCCAGUUAGGCCCAUGCAGUUGAGUCGUUGACCAUCAUCAAAUCAGCGUAUAUAUAGUGAAACCAUUGUGUGAAGCACUGAAGCCCACCUAUAUAUGCUAUACAUAGACGGUGAACAUUUAUCUGUUUUUAUCUGAAGUCAUUAUUUAUUCCAUAUAUAUUAUACAUGCAAACGAAAGCAAAAAUAUGUCCACGUGAAAUAGUAGGAGUAUGUGUGUUAUAUUUUCAUUCUUGUUCGUCUUCCGGCUGGACCCAGACUCAGGCCAGAC